UAUUCCCUUUCGGAGCUUUUCUGAAAAUCUCCCGUUCUUUUUCCGUACCGUUGGCCGGGAAGGCCUGGAGCUUCGUCCCUCACGCUCUUUCCCCUUUUUCUCCUUUUCUUGGCGAAGCUUUCCGUGAAAUUUCUCGUCGUUUGAUGGUACUUUUUGGUAAUUUUCACUCCGUUUCGAGCAGCAGAAGCAGCUUCUCCUUCACGCCUGUUUCUCUCUCUUUAUUCUCUCCUCCUCGUGUGCUCUCAAAGAAUCUCCUUUUUUUCUUCUGAUUUCUCCACCUCUAUUUUAACCCACCACCGCUGACUCGCUCCCCCACCCACUCACUCUUUCAACCCGCUCUCGAUGCCACUCACCUUCUAAAUUUUCACUCUAGAAAGUUUUGUUUCUUUUUUGUGAGCUAUGAAUCGUCCUGCUGUUAGGUACACGCACCACCGGAGCCACACUACGAUGGUGGCCAAUUCGGCGGAAGCGGACGAGUUCGAGUCCGUCAGGCCGCGUGUUGUGCGGAUAUCGGUCACCGACGGAAACGCCACCGACUCCUCCAGCGACGACGAGGCCGAGGGUUCGUCUUUUUGUGGGACCCGCCACCGGGUCAAGAGAUUUGUUAAUGAGAUUACCAUCGAGUCCUGCUCAAACAGGGACACCGACUCUGCCGUUUGGAGGAGUCGGAUGUCGAGGACCGGGAGGAAGCGGCCGUCUGGGAAAUCCAAAGGCCCGGCGAGUGGUCGCCGGGAUUUGAAGGCGGUUGCUGCUCCUGUGGGGAAGAAGUUCCGUGGCGUGAGGCAGAGGCCCUGGGGAAAAUGGGCGGCGGAGAUAAGAGAUCCUCUGAGACGUGUACGGCUCUGGUUGGGAACGUUUGACACGGCCGAGGAGGCCGCUGUGGUGUACGACAACGCUGCCAUUCAGCUGCGUGGACCCGACGCGCUCACCAACUUCGCUCCUCCUCCUCCGGCGAUAUCUCUACCUGACGUUAAGCCGGAAGUUAGCUCUGGCUUUUAUUCCGGCGACGGGUCGCACAACCACCUUUGCUCUCCGACAUCAGUGUUACGCUGUCCCUCGCCUUCCAACGAAGAAGCCGAGUCGCCGUGGCCGAAACAAUCUCCGGAAGUCACCGAAGUCCGAAAUGUCCGAGAGAACUCCUCCUUUUCGAAGAGCUUGUCCGAGUUUUCGGAUUACACAAGUUUCGAAACGUUUAUUCCGAACGACAUAUUUAACUUCGAAACCUCGAUACCGGACUUCUUCGAGGAGAAUAAUCUCCGAGACGAUAUCUGUAUUUUGAAGGAAGAAAUCACCGAUUUCGGAAACUUCGGCAUUUCGAAAGAAGAAAUGACCGAUUUCGGAAACUUGGGUGACCUGUUUGUCGAUUCGGUUCAGGACUUCGGAUUCGGGUCCUCGCCGUGGUGUACGGAGGACUAUUUCCAAGACAUCGGCGACCUGUUUAGUUCCGAUCCUCUGGUUGCGCUAUGAGACGAACAACACUAUAGUUCUCCGUCCUUGUGUUGUCGGUUUAACGGCAAGUUUUGUAUCGGCGGGAACGGAAAAUCGGAAUGUGUUUAAUUUAAUUUAAUUUUUAAUUUUUUUUUUUGUUUUUGUUUUUUUAUCAGUUUUGGUUUGUAAUUGUUUAUUUAUGAACGGUGAGUUUUGGCCA